CAUCUGCAGCAUCUGAAGCCGCAGACGGGACUCGCCAUGAUUAACACGCUCAUUUCUGCCUGAAUUUGAUUCUCUCCGCUUAAGUCAAACCGCAUCCGCUCACCGUUCACCGGCAGGACUCUGACGCGCGGAUGAAACGUUUCACGAGCCUGUGUGGUUUUAGCAGGAAUGCUAGCGUUAGCGCCUAGCUGUCCGAGCGUUGAUUAUAAAUUAUGAUAUUUUCAACAAAAAAAGAGACUAAUUUAUGCGAAUAUGGGUGUUUAGCCCAUAAAACAGAUGCUUUUUUCUGAUUAAUAUCCGCAUGUCAUCUAUUUUUCUGUGAAAAGUGGGUGAUUUUUAUUAACUUUAUGAAGGAGGUUUAAAUGAACUGCACAGCUGGCUUAUGAUGGAUGCUUUGACUUUCGUCCAUCACAACAAUAAUAUCUGUUUACUUGACGUUUGAAGACUAAAUAUAUAGCUGUACCUGAAUGUUUACAUUGAUCUGAGCUGGAAUUUGAUGUCAGUAUAGUGAAAAAGACCUAACACUAACCGAAUAAAUCAUAUCGGUCCAUCUGAGUAACAGUUUUUAAGCUGUUUAUGUAGAUAUAGUGAAAUACAUAUGCUUUAAUUUACUGAUUUCCGUUUAUUGUUACAGUUAUCUGAAAAUACGGUUCAUUUGAGCCGUUUUCAGUACAGUCAUUGAGCUGUGUGUCCAUGUUUGACAGCCACAGCUGAUCUAAACCUCUGGCACCAGAAAAACCCACUACAGCUUUUUGUUAAAUUGUUUGAUCAGAGACAGAAAAACAGUAAGUGAGAUCUGUGAUACACCAUGAAGAAGUUCUUUGACUCCCGGAGGGAGCUAGUGGGCUCUGGACCCGGUUCUGGAGGGGGAGGUGGAGGUUCUGGAUCCAGUUGUGGUGUCGGUGGGAAUUUCAUUGGACGGGCGUUCACUGUUGGAAGACACCAGGUCACUGUAGAAGAAACACUGGCUGAAGGUGGUUUUGCAAUCGUAUUUCUGGUGCGGACUAAUCAGGGGGUGCGCUGUGCCCUUAAGAGGAUGUACGUCAACAACGAAUUCGACCUGCAGGUCUGCAAGCUUGAGAUCCAGAUCAUGCGGGAUCUCUCUGGUCACAAGAACAUUGUUGCUUUCCUGGACUCCAGCAUCACAGCUGUAGGGGGUGGAGACGUAUGGGAGGUGUUUAUUCUCAUGGAUUUUUGCAGAGGUGGUCAAGUGGUGAACCUGAUGAAUCAGCGUUUACAGACUGGCUUCAGCGAACAGGAAGCACUUCAGAUCUUCUGUGACACGUGCGAGGCAGUGGCACGUCUGCACCAGUACAAAACUCCCAUAAUCCACCGAGACCUCAAGGUGGAGAACAUCCUCUUACAUGAUCGAGGACACUAUGUUUUGUGUGAUUUCGGCAGCGCCACUAUGAAGUUCCAAAACCCGCAGACUGAAGGAGUCACUGUGGUUGAGGAUGAAAUUAAAAAGUAUACCACCCUGUCCUAUCGCGCUCCAGAAAUGGUGAACCUAUACAAUGGCAAAAUCAUCACUACCAAAGCUGAUGUCUGGGCCAUGGGCUGUCUGCUCUAUAAACUCUGUUUCUUCACAUUGCCCUUCGGUGAGAGUCAGGUUGCCAUCUGUGACGGCAACUUCACCAUUCCAGACAAUUCUCGCUACUCCCAGGAUAUGCACCGUCUCAUCCGGUUCAUGCUGGAACCAGACCCUGAUAAGAGGCCUGACAUUUAUCAGGUGUCCUACUUUGCUUUCAAACUGGCCCGGCGGGACUGCCCUGUGCAAAAUAUCAAGAAUUCUCCCAUUCCUGCUAAUCUCCCUGAGCCAAUCCGAGCGAGCGAAGCAGCCGCAAAGAAGAGCCAAACGCAGACCAAAGCGAGACUCACUGACCCCAUUCCUACAACUGAAACCUCCAUCACUCCUCGGCAGCGGCCCAAAGCAGCACAAUCCCAGCCUCAGGCACUAGGGGGCAUCCUGCCCAUCCAGCCUGCUGCCCUCACCCCACGCAAGAGAGCCAACCUACCAGCAGGGGCCACCCAGCCUAUAGCUGUCAGUUUGAACUUGGCUCAGCCGACUGCAACUCUUCAGUCUCAGAAAGCUCAUGCGUCUCCAGCACCUCAGCAGAAAACACCCGUGCAGCCAAUCCCAGUCACUGCUGCGGCUGCAGGAGGAGGAGCUGUUCCAGCUCCAGCCACUAGCCCAGGCUCUCAAAAAGCUGUAGCGACCCUGCCCCCAUCCAGUCCUGCUCCACCCACUGCACCCGCAAGGAGCGCUCGUCGUAAGCAGGCAUCAGUGGCUCCCAUGUCUGGCCAGCCAGUUGGUUCCCUGCCUCCAGCACAGGCGGAGCCUGCAGCAGUGCCUCCCACUGUCCAGCAGCCCACCCAUCAGUCCCAGCUCAGCCAAGAGAAGGCAGAGGAGAGGCCUGCAGCAUCUGGCCUGUCCCAGACUCCUCCCUCUUCCCCAAGGACGGCCCAGAAGGUGGGGCACAGACGCAUCCAGAGUGAUGUCACCCACAGCGCUAUGUUUGGAGUGCCUGUCAGCCAGUCCACUCAGCAGCUGCAGGCGGCCACAGCAGAGGCCAGCCUUAACAAGUCCAAGUCAGCUAGCACCACCCCAUCGAACUCUCCCCAGUCCUCUCAACAGAGUGUGUACCAGGCUGCACAGCAGGGUGGUGUCUCUGCCCCCCAGGCUUCUGCUUCAGCCGCUGGCCUGACCAGCCCACCAGAUCAACCCUCUUGGAAUCCUUUCGACGAUGAUAAUUUCUCCAAACUUACGGCUGAGGACCUACUCAACAAAGACUUCACCAAGCUAGCUGACGAGCCUGUAGAACCUCUGAUUGACACCACCGAGAGUCUUAUUCCUGGGCUCGAGGCUGCAGAACCUGCUCCUGCAUCUGCUGCUGGACGACCUGCAGACAUUCUGGGCCUGGAAUCGGGUGCUGGUUUGCUAGCUGUACCAGAGAAACUAAUAGAGGGUCUAAAGUCUCCAGACACCUCUCUCAUGCUGCCAGAUCUGCUGUCCAUGGCCGACCCCUUCGGCAGCUCCAUUGACGACAACAGAUAUGCUAAAACUGAAGUGUGUUUGGACUAUCUGAUACCUGGCUUGGAGCCCCCGCAGUCUCAGCUGCACCCUGUGGAUACAGAGCCAACAUCGACACUGCUGGCAGACCCUCUGAUUGGAGAAGACUCUCUGCUGGGUGGUUCUCUCACCUCUGGCUCCGCCUCCUGUCUUGAUGACUUUACACCUGUAUCAGAAGGCACCUCCCAGAGCUUCCCAGCUACAGACUCCUGUUUGAACUCAGGCUUUGAGGCUCCGAGGACCGAGGCAGCCAAUGAAGAUGAAUUUGACCCUAUACCAGUACUGGUCCCCAAAAACUCCCAAGAUGAUAUGCCUAGUGUGAAUGGCUAUGAUUGUGCCCCAGAAACCAACAGUAUCAAAAUAUUGGAAGCCUCUGCUGAAAGCUGGAAAAGCUUUGUUGAGGAUGUGGAGGAUGAAGCUCUGCAUGCAUGCAGUGGCUCAAAGCUGCUUCUGUUGGAUUCCGAACUUCUCAACACUACUCCUCUCAAACUCUCGCCAGCAGCAGGCCAAGAGCACGUAUCCUCUUCCCCAGAUAUCUUCUCAAAUGCACCAUUUCCUGGAUGUCGGCGAGAUGGCAGGGACAUCUUCACAAGUGCCCCCUUUCCUCAAUUUCACCAAGCCCAUCCACAGCCUGACAUCUUCCUUCAGGCACCCUUCUGCAAGAGGAAAGAGUUUUUUGGCCCACCACAACUUCACCAUCAACAGCCUUCUACGCAAGUUCCCCACCAUUCAAAUGUGUGCUCCAAUGGCAAAGAUCCCAUCCUGCCCCAUCCACCGGUACACAGUCAAGUUCGCUAUCCGCAUUGCGCUGAGUCUCCAAUGCCCCAACAGCCUAUCGCCGCCCACCGUGUGGUCUCCAGCAUAGGCCAGCAAGCCGCUGUUAGCUCCGUCCCUGUAGGACCUCUUCACUCUUGGACAGUAGGUGUUCAAGCUGUGAUGGACCCUUUCUUGACGGCCCCAUUCCAACCACGGGGCCCCUUGGGAAAGCCUUAAUAUUUGAGAACUUUUGGCUUCUCAACAUAUGUGCCUCCCAAUGGACAAGAGUAUGUUAAAGCUUUCAAUCAAGAGCUUCUGCUACCCCUAGUGCUUGUCGUUUCUGUGUUGGAAGCAAAACUGGCGUAGUCAGCGAGACUCUUCUCUCCAUGACUACCUUAAGACUCCCCAUCUGGACUUGGCAACUCUGCAGCACUUUAGCUCUGCUUCACCACAAUAUUUUGCCUCAAUGUGCAUCAAGCCACCAUACGUGUAGAGUGCUAUUUAAUCAAUUGAUUAUGAUAUAGGUCUAUAAUCCACAUGUAUCCACUAAUACUUUUUUUGACACUAUUGAUAUGGUUUAUACAAGUUUUUAUAUCAUAUGUAGGAAAUUAUUCCAUACACUGAUGCUCAUGGCACUGUUUGGGGUUGGAGAUCUUCCAGACAACCUUUCAGUUCUCUGAGAAGCUCUUAUUCCUGCAAGAACUUUUUAGGGCUCUCAACAGUUUCCUCAGUAACACCAUCAAAAGGGAAAGGCUUCGAGACUCCUGAAUUAUAUCUUGAAGUUCCUUGAGUACAUAAAUUGGAUAUUUGAGGCUCCUUUAAAGGGUGUUUAGAGCAAUUAAAUCCAGACUCUGGCCAAGUGAUUGUGUAGACAUACAUACGUGGAGCGGGAAAAAGCACAUUCGCCGCUAGAGAACACCAAAUGAUAAAAAUACUUUUAAAUUUUUACCGUGUAUAUUGAGUCCAAUAUUACAAGGACAUGAAGCAUAAAAUGUGAAAAUGAAGGAAGCAAACAUGUAUUUAUUUCUGUUUGUUACAGUCUGUUUAUGUAUUUACAACCUAGUGGUUUGGUCUAAGGGAACAACUAAUGCAGAAGAUUUGAAGCUUAUGAAAAGGCUUUUUGAAGUACUAUGUUCAUAUCAGAACCUUUGUGACUGAAGUUUUGGAUUAUUAUGAAAGCAUGUGUAAAAAAAAAAAAGUUUUUUGCUUCUUGAACCCAAGGUACUGUAGAUGUUCUGAAACAGGACUUGAAAAAUGAAAGUCUAACUAACGGUCACAUCAACAACAUAAGUUGAAUAAAUUGGAGAAUUUUUGCAAUGGAUUAUAUUACUGUUCUAAUAUAAUCCAUAUAAUCUACUGUAUAUUCAUUUUACUUCGUCAUAAAAGCACCUGUGGGGUUUUACUGUUUGGAUUACACAACAAAAUUCGGUUAUCAAAUUACAUUUUAAAAACUGGCACAUUUAGUUACAUAAAAUCCACAAUAAAUAAGAUCCCGAGUUGUCUUGUUGCUGUGCACAGUCCUUUGACAUGAAAGCCAUGCAUAUGCUAUUAUUGUGAAAAAUAACCUUUAAACAUAUAAAAACAUAUUCACACCAAUUAAGUAUUAAAUGUACUGUCACAAGUGUAACGCUACUUGAAAAAGUUCUUGCGUGAUUAAAACAUUUUCUUAGGUGACAAGUUGUUAAGCACUUAUGAAGUGCAAUAGAAAUAUCUGUUGAAGUUCUUUAAAGGGGAUUCUAGGACAGAACUGCAGCAUGAGCUGCCCACAGAUUGGUUUUAUAUAGUGGUCGACCGAUAUAUCGCAGAGGCCAAUAAAUCUUCCCGAUUGGCUGAUUUGUUUCUUGAGGGCAUGAAAAUCGACUGCUUGCAUGUAAAUGACCAAUCACGGUUAAUUUUAUUGUUAUGUGCCAUCGUGUUACUAUAAUAAUAGACCAGUGUGCAACGGUCUCAUUUAAUGACGGUCUCGUUUCAUUCUUCCUCUCUCUCUUCAACAGUUCCCUGUAACUAUUAAUUGCCUUGUCUAAUAAUAAAAAGGCAAAUAUCAAUAAAACUAAUAUCAUAUGCCAUCUGCAAAAAUUUGCAGUCUCGUUUAAACAUGUAAUAAACAUCACAAAACUUGAGCAAAUCCAGCAUCCUUUACAGUUGUAGUCAGAUGUUUACAUACACUUAGGUUGUCAUUAAAACAAAUUUUUUAACCACUCCACAUAUGUAAUAUUAGCCAACUAUACUUUUGGCAAGUCUUUUAGGACAUCUACUUUGUGCAUGACACAAGUAAUUUUUCCAAAAAUCUUGUCUACAGACAGAUUGUUUUUCACUUUUAAUUGAAUAUAUCACAAUUCCAGUGGGUCAGAUGUUUACAUACACUAAGUUAACUGUGCCUUUAAGCAGCUUGGAAAAUUCCAGAUAAUGAUGUCAAGCUUUUAGACAAUUAGCCAAUUAGUUUCUGAUAGGUGUACUGAAUUGGUGGUGUACCUCUGGAUGUAUUUUAAGGCCUACCUUCAAACUCAGUGCCUCUUUGCUUGACAUCAUGGGAAAAUCAAAAGAAAUCAGCCAAGACCAAAGAAAAAUAAUUGUGGACCUCCACAAGUCUGGUUCAACCUUGGGAGCAAUUUCCAAACACCUGAAGGUACCACGUUCAUCUGUACAAACAAUAGUACACAAGUAUAAACACCAUGGGACCACGCAGCCAUCAUACCACUCAGAAAGGAGAUUCAUUGUCUCCUAGAGAUGAAUGUUGUUUGGUGCGAAAAGUGCAAAUCAAUCACAGAACAACAGCAAAGGACCUUGUGAAGAUGCUUGAGGAAACAGGUAGACAAGUAUCUAUAUCCACAGUAAAUCGAGUCCUAUAUCGACAUAACCUGAAAGGCUGCUCAGCAAGGAAGAAGCCACUGCACCAAAACUGCCAUAACAAAGCCAGACUACAGUUUGCAAGUGCACAUGGUGACAAAGAUCUUACUUUUUGGAGAAAUGUCCUCUGGUCUAAUGAAACAAAAAUGUUACUCUUUGGCCAUAAUGACUAUCGUUAUGUUUAGAGGAAAAAGUGUGAGGCCUGGAAGCUGAAGAACACCAUCCCAACUGUGAAGCAUGGGGGUGGCAGAAUCAUGAUGUGGGGGUGCUUUGCUGAAGGAGGGACUGGUGCACUUCACAAAAUAGAUGACAUCAUGAGGAAAGAAAAUGAUGUGGAUAUAUUGAAGCAACAUCUCAAGACAUCAGCCAGGAAGUUAAAGUUUGGUCAAAAAUGGGUCUUACAAAUGGACAAUGACAACAAGCAUACCUGCAAAGUAGUGGCAAAAUGGCUUAAGGACCACAAAGUCAAGGUAUUGGAGUGGCCAUCACAAAUCCCUGACCUCAGUCUGAUAGAAAAUUUGUGGGCAGUACUGAAAAAGAGUGUGAGCAAGGAGGCCUACAAACCUGACUCAGUUACACCAGUUCUGUCUGGAGGAAUGGGCAAAAAUGUCAGCAACUUAUUGUAAGAAGCUUGUGGAAGGCUACCUAAAACGGCAAUGCUACCAAAUACUAACAAAGUAUAUGUGAACUUCUGACCCACUGAGAAUGUGAUUAUAGAAAUGCGAGUGGUGGUGGCAUAGUGGGCUAAAGUACAUAACUGGUAAUCAGGAGGUUGCUGGUUCGAUCCCCACAGCACCACCAUUGUGUCCUUGAGCAAGGCACUUAACUCCAGGUUGCUCCGGGGGGAUUGUCCCUGUAAGAAGUGCACUGAAAGUCGCUUUGGAUAAAAGCAUCUACCAAAUGCAUAAAUGUAAAUAAAUGAAAGGAAUAAAAGCCAAAAGAAAUAAUUCUCUCUACUAUUAUUCUGAUAUAUCACAUUCUUAAAAUAGUGAUCCUAACUGACCUAAGGCAGGAAAUGUUGUCUAUGAUUAAAUGUCAGGAAUUGUGAAAAACUGAGUUAAAUGUAUUUGGCAAAGGUGUAUGUAAACUUCUGACUUCAACUGUAUUUACUUCUAAAGCACAUAUUCUAUUAGCCUCUCCUGAACAGUUCCCUGUCACUUUUAACUUCCUUUUCUAAUGAUACAAGUAAAAUAUCAUUAAAACUUCUAUUAUAUACCAUCUGCAAAAAUACAGAUAUCUUGUUUAAACAGAUGCAAUUCAUGAACCUCACGAAAAUUAAUUGUUUUCUUCCCGUCGAGCACUUGUCUGCUAUCCUCCUUUGAAGCGUGUAUUCUAUCAUCCAGAAUCAAAACUUCAGGAUUAGAAUCAAAAGUUCCUCUGAGUCACAAAUCAUGAUGGUCAGUCUGUGACAAUCCAAGCAGGCAAUCUGGGCUGUGUAAACUGACAGAGAGUGUGUGAGAGCAGCUUCAAAGUAAAAGCACUUAACGUGUGCGUUAAGUAAAUGUCUUAUUCACUAUGCACUGUAUGUGCAGUUGGUUUGAUUCAGAAUUUUUUGAGAAAAUGCGAUCGCUAACGUGGACAUGCCAUCCAUGGUUGCUGGACUAUGUGUAUACUGUUAUUUCCUUCUUCCUAAUAUAUUAACAAUUUCUUCAUGUGAAAAUAAUUUACUAAAAUUUGAUGACUAAACAUAAAUCAUAAGAAACGGCUAUCUACCAUUUUAAAGGGUAACUAAACGCUAAACCAACUUUUUUUAGUUAAUGAUCUGUAAGCAUGGGGCUUUAUUAGUACUGGUCAUUGAUUCAAGUAAUUUUUUUGACAUUUGUGUAUAAAGUGUUUCAAUUCUACAAUAUAAGGUGUAAAAACGUCUGAGUGCUGCCCUCUUCAGGUUGAACGGUGGCUACUGCAGUUGAAUUUUCCUAUUGGCUGUUGCGGUACUUCGUGACGUAAGCGGUGACAGCUGACGUAAGCAGGUUCCAGCUCACCACGCCAGAUUCAUGUACAUGUCGUCUUGCGACCGUGUGAGGAAUAACAAUAACAUGGAGUCUGACAGCAGCUGUCAAUUAAUCCGUCACUACGAGUCUCAGGUGCCCCCCCCGCUCAGCCCCGCACUCGGUUCGUUCCCUCUAUCCCCGCCGGGGUCUGCCCACUUUUCCAGCAUUUUCAAAUAUUUCUAGUGGGUGGAGUCAGACUCUGAGCAGGUGUUUAGUUACCCUUUAAAAUGCAAAAUAAUUUUGUUAGGUUAUUAACCAAGGUCAAGUUUUGUGUGAAAUUGAGUAAACAUGUUGCUAAAUAAGAGUUUAUACUAUUUUAGCAAUUUUAUGUUUAUGUUAUGCUAGAUAGAUUUUGGACACCUACUUACUGUAAAAUAACUUCCAGAGUAGAAUUACCAUGUAUUCUUUAACUCAGAUUUGAUGGUAAUUUAUCAGUCUCUUCUCCAGUAUCUUUUGACCCAUAUACCCAUAGGCCUUACACAGGCUCAUUUGUAAAUACAUUGGUACCAGUCUUUGAAUGUAAAACAAGGACAUCAGUAAUA